UUUUGCCCUGUUCUUUCAUUCUCAAACUCUCUCAGAAAGACAGAAAUACUCUGACAUUUAAACCUUUCUAAAGCAAUAAGCCAAUAAAACCUUAUUUAAAACUUUGGUGCUUUUUCUGUUUUUCUUCCUCGACAAUUAAAGCAAGCUUGGAAACCUUUAACGAUGUCCAUGGUGGAAAUUUUAGUACCCAAUCUUGAUUGUGAAGGUUGUGCAUCCAAGUUGAAGAAGGCUCUCAACAAGCUUAAAGGAGUUGAGGACGUAGAAAUAGACAUGGACACACAAAAGGUGACAGUAAAAGGGUACAGAUUAGAAGAGAAGAAAAUAAUCAAAGCAAUAAAAAGAGCAGGAAAAGCAGCAGAACCAUGGCCAUUUCCUUCACAUUCUCAUUAUACUUCAUUUUAUAAGUAUCCUUCCUACAUUACCAACCAUUAUUAUGACACUUCAAACGGCGCCGCCCCGAGCGUCCACGCCUUCUUCCAUACGCCGGCGGUUUACUCGGUGGCUGUUGCGUCGGACGAGACUGUAGCUUCCAUGUUUAGUGAUGAUAAUCCUCAUGCUUGCAGCAUAAUGUGAUCAGAGCCGGAGUAUUGUUGAAAAUGCUCAAAUUUGCCCGGAAUGUGAUCAUAGUUAGCUUUAUUUAUAGCAUGGAUUAUUGUUAGUCUCAUUUAAAAUACUAGAAUAGAUUGUGUUAUUCUUGUAAUAUGAUUGUUGUAUGCUUUGUUUGAUUAUUUUAUGAUCAUCAUUUUAUGCUUGUAUUCUUGUAUCAAUUCAAUUGUUUGUUAUAUUCUUUUAACCACAACUUA